UACAACCAUAUAUAAAAUCAUGUUUACAAAUUUCCUUUAAAGUAAUGUCUCUAUAACGUUCUUCUGUUUGUAUUUAAAGAAAAGUUUUAAUGGAAACGUUCGGCCACUUAAGGUAAAAGGAAGGCAUUGCUAAUGUUUUUCGCCAAUAAAUUCGUCAAAAUUUGUCAGCUCGGAGAAAGAACACAAUAAAAUCUUGUAAUAAACAGUUUGCAAUAAAUGGACAUCGAUUAUAAAAUAUUGCAUGGAAGAGAUAAAUUUACCAUAAUUUCAUAUCAACACGGGAGGCCAUAGAAUGUUCUAUCAAUAUUUUGGACUUUGGAAAAAUAGACCAAGGAAUUAGUAUUCUGUAUGCCUAAUGGAACUUAUUUUUUUUUUAAUGGUUAAAAAAAAACAAAAAACUUUCAACUUCUUUUUACUUUCGAUAAAACCAGAACACAUUUUUGUAGCAAAACUUUAAAACCCAUCCAAAAUAAGAUUAAAUAAAACGCACAUAAAACUUUUAUCGAGAUAUAAUUCACGAAGAUUUUAUAACGGGUACAACUUUAAUUACCUGACAAUAAGUUUUGGUACUCAAAAAGUUAAAAACACUUGUAGUUCGUGCACCUCGCCAUUAAGUCAUUAAAUUGGCGCGUCACUCUACUUGAAAUUGAACGUGGUAAAUUAUUUUCGAUGAUGCGUAAGAUUAAACUAAUAUUUUAAAAUAAAAGAAACGCUAAGUACUUGUUUGUUCAACGGAAAAGAAAUUGAUCUGGCAGUGAGCUAUGGUUAACAGGUGUGUAUUGUGACAGAAAGGAGAAUAAAGCGCCGCAUUAUUUAGAUUUAUCAUGAACUGUUAACUACUAAUAUUAUGAUUAUGACGGAGAAAAUUAUAUUGCAAAAAUAGUACCCACUUUCUAUACUUCCGCGGGGAAAGGAGAUUUAAGUGUAACAAGUGAACUAUGGAUGAGAAGCAGAGAAGUAUACUGGACAGAAACCAAUGGUUGUUGGUAGGAAACAUUGUCAUGACGGAAGAUUUUUUCCAAGUUUUAAGAGCAGAAAAUGUACUUCCGGAUACCAUGAUCAGAGAUGUUCAGGCAAAAACAACGCAAUAUGAGAGGAAUACCAAGUUGCUAGAGACAUUACGUUUGCGUGGCGGAGAUGUUUACCGGAAGUUCCGCCAUGUUUUAUACUUGACAGGUCAUCUACUUUUGGCUGAUCAUCUUUACGGAGAGGAAAUAGAGACAAAGCUUCUUCGAGCUGACGAAGUGUUUGGAAAGUUUCCAAAGAUUUUCAAUCAUGUUAGUGACGAUACCAAAUCCAAGCUUCUCAAAUAUUUAGAAACCAAGGUAAAAGAACGCGCAAUUACAAACGCAUGGUUAACCUCAGGACAAGAAAGAAGUGAGGUAUUGGAGGCAAAGAAAAUCCAUUAUGACGCAGAGAAAGACUACAGAAUUAAACUGGAAACUAAAACCAGAAAGAUGACUCAGCUGAAGGAUGAACUUUCUCGGUUGAAAGAAGAAAUUAAAUCAAAGGACGAAGAGAUAGUUUGUUUAAAGAGGGAAAUCGUUGAUAUGCAGAGACGUUUCAAGCAAGAUUUAGCAAAGCAAACUCGCUUUAACGCUGCAAAUAACCAUUCAAUUAUACAGCUUAGGGAGAGAUUUGAGAACUUUAAUGAGCGUGUUAAAACAGUUAAUAUUGCAAUACGCCAGUUUCUAGAGACAGAACACGACGAUAUUCAAGAAGAUGCCGAUAAUAUCAAGAUAUCCGUUUUAGAGAGAAAUGUUAGAAAGCUUAUUCAACUUGCCAGGACAAAUAUAGAAAACACAAGCAGCAGUAUCAGUGAGAAAGAAGCUGUUUUAAAUCUUCUUCGCACAUCAACACGACACAAACAACACACUUUGUCAGAAAUUGUGCAGCAGUACGUUGAAAAACAAGAACGCGCAAAGAUGACGUUAGCCAACGAGCUUGAACAGCUGCUUACUGCCGUCAGAGGUCCAAAAUCAAAAUUAACAUACAAGACAAAGACGGAUCUCAAGUUUUUGAAAACACAGAUGUCAAUACUAAGAGAAGAAGUCGAACACAUGAAGAAAAAGAUUGAAUGGAAAGAUGCUCAGAUUUCUGACCUAAUCAAAGAAAAAAGUUGUACCGUAGACCAGGACCACGACCAUAUUCCGCAGAAUCCUUCUAGCCGCUACGUCACAUUUCCACGCCUGUCGGUGUCGUCAUUACAACGGGAUUCGCCGGAUUCUUCGAAGGAAAUAGAAAGGGUAUAUCAACAAUUUGACAGAUUUAAUAAGGAGGCAUGCUCCCCUCCGCCAAACCAUAGUAGGAGAAGAAGGGGAUCUUUAGCGGAAGUGGACUUGGAACGUGGGCGAUCACCAUCUCCUGUACAUAGUAACAGAAGAAAUACCAGAUUAGAAACAAGUGACCUUGACCUGUUUGGUUCUUCAGUACAGUUUAGAAGGAGUGUAACUGAUAUAGGAUCUACCAGUCUCCAAAGCCUUUCCAGCUUCUCAAGCAGUUCAAUUGAUAAAGCAUCAACACCAAGACACACUUCUGACAUGAAUGAUAAAAUAAAGCUGGACUUAAAACGCCGAAGAGAAAGCAGACCGGAACCAGAAGCAGAGUACGUGAGAGAAGGCAGACGACCGUCUCUAGCGGAACUAAUUACUAUCUAUGAGAGCGCUAAUGACGAAAACCAGGAAGAAAACGCAACUAACAAAAAACUUCCAGUAUUACAAGAGUCAUAAUUGCUGCACGAUCGAAUUCCGCAUUGCCUCAUCUUAGAACAGAAAAGUAUCCAGUCACUUUUACGAGAAUCAUGACUUUAAAUCUCCCUGUGCGUACAAUAGUAUUGUAUUUUCAUCGUUUGGUGUCUUACGUUCUAAAAUCUCAGUCCCUUCAAAGAUGAGGAUUACUUUGUAAGGGAUUCACCUGGCAGAUAUAACUUUAAUUUACCUGUCCUGUCACUGCAGAUUACGGCGAGGGUUAAGAGUGAGGUUAAACGUGUUAAAACUCUCCAGUGGUAUUUUGCCAUUGGCCGUUCCAGGGCGGUGACCCACUGUGCUUCUUUCUUUCGUUGUUUCGUCUUCGUUGUUUACCAUGCAAUUUUGUGAAUAUGUUAAUCAUGUACACAUCUAUUCAUACUUUGCUAUGGGUUUGGGUUGUUAACUCGGUGUAAGAAGCCUGAAAGGUGUUGUACACUGAACUUUUCGUUGAUAUACUUUGAAUUCAUGAGUUCUAUAAUGAAAUGUCGCCUGUACAUUUAAUUACCGAUAACAUUACUGAAACUGUGAAAAUGAAUGUGCUGAAUAAAUGAGAAAAAAACCUUAGCCUCAAACCAUAUCAUCACAUCCGUAUUGAAAACAUUACAACGGCCAAUGGACUUAUUUUAUCGAUGUCCAAAUACAAAAGGUAGACUAUUUUAGUUUAAAUCAUUAUAAAAAUGUAUCAGAAAACUGACAGUUUAUCUUAUAUACAUGUGACAAUUGCAAGAACUGUAAAAGUUGUUUUAAGCCUUAGCACAGACCAAUUAGUGCGACAUUAAUAUAGUAGUCGCAACUUGACCGCGGUGGUUGACCUUAAGCUGAUUAUUCAUAUCGAUUAUUUCAUUGUAGAAAUAAGGGGUGCUUAGGGUAGCCGUGAAUAUAUAUAUGGAAUUAGUUUGUAUACAGUGCAGUAUCAAAUUAUGUAUACUUACAUUUGAUCCAUUCAAACUUUCCAAUACACUAAUUUAUAUUUACACAAAUUUAUAUUUCCAUUUUUCUCGUGAAGCUCGUGUUUUACGUACACUCCUUUUCAAUAAUAGGUUGUGCCUCAUUAUGUAUUAUAAUACAAAGGUCAACCAUCGGGGUCAAGUUGCGUCCACUAUACGCAUGCGUAAAUUUAACGUUACGCUUAGGGUAGCCGUGAAUAUAUAUAUGGAAUUAGUUUGUAUA